UGAUGAUGAUGAUGAUGAUGAUGAUGAUGAUGAUGACGACGACGACGAGGGUGGUGAUGGUAAACGCUGAGAGCUGGAGAGAUCAGCUCCAACCUGGUAGCUCAGAAGUGGACUGGUGUGAAGGAAAUUAUCUCGUCCAUCCCAACAUCGCUGAGUUCUACAACACGAUCAGUAAUGUGCUGUUCUUCGUGCUUCCUCCUCUCCUGAUGCAUUUAUUCCAUCAGUAUGCGGUGUGUUAUAACCGUGGGAUUUAUGUCAUAUGGUUCCUGCUCAUGGUGGUUGGUCUGGGCUCGGCGUAUUUUCACGCUACGCUCAGUUUUAUUGGUCAAAUGUUGGAUGAACUGGCGAUCCUCUGGGUGCUGAUGUGUGCGUUAGCGAUGUGGUUCCCUAAAAGACUCCUGCCCAGAAUGUUCCAGAGACACAGCAGGUGUCGCUUUAAGCUGCUGGUGAUUUUACUGUCGGUGGUUUUCACCUGUUUGGCCUUCGUGAAACCGACACUGAACUCUGUGUGUCUCAUGACUCUGGGGUUCCCCUGUACGGUUCUGCUCACUACUGAACUCCUCAGGUGUGAGAACCAGCGUGUGUUUAAACUAGGUUUAAUCUCGGCGGUCUGGUGGUUUCUUGCUCUUCUCUGCUGGAUCAGUGACAGGAUGUUUUGUGAAAUUUGGUCCAAAAUGAACCUCCCCUACUUACACUGCAUUUGGCACGUUCUCAUCUGUGUGGCCUCGUACCUGGGCUGUGUGUGUUUCGCGUAUUUCGAUGCUGUAAGCGAGGUUCCAGAGCGAGAGCCGGUUCUUCAGUUCUGGCCCAGUGAGAGCUGGGCUUUCAUCGGGGUUCCUUAUGUCACUCUUCUGAACUCACAUCGAAAAUCCUGCAACAAAACGUGGUGAGGUCUUAGGAAGAGUAUGAAGUUGUAACAGGGUGGUGACACAAUGCAGAGUGAAUCAGUGACAUAAUGAUGCAGUGACACAGUGACACAAUGACGCAGUGACACAGUGACAAAAUGACACAGUGACAAAAUGACGCAGUGACACAAUGACACAGUGACACAAUGACGCAGUGACACAAUGAUGCAGUGACACAAUGAUGCAGUGACACAAUGAAGCAGUGAUACAAUGACACAGUGAAACAAUGACACAGUGACAAAAUGACACAGUGACACAAUGACACAGUGACACAAUGAUGCAGUGACACAAUGAUGCAGUGACACAAUGACAGUGACACAAUGACACAGUGACAGUGGUGAUGCAGUGACACAAUGAUACAGUGAUGCAGUGACAUAAUGAAGC